UUUGCGCCAUCCUAUACUCUGCAGCCUCCCGUGCUGUCGCUAACACAAGCGGGCUAUUUGCAAAAGAAAGCUAGCACCGAAGUCUCCCCCCAAGCUGUGGAGAGACAUGCUGGCGGCCGGGAUGUGAAAUGUGCGGCGGUCGUCCUCGCUGCUCGAGCCCACCGCAGCUCGUCCGCGGUCGCGUCUUGUGUGGAGGUCCCGGUCGAGGAUUUUCGAGCUCGCCGAGAAAGAGCAGGAACGCCGCAGGAAGAAAGGAAGGAAGGAACCGCCUCCCCGCUCCUCGCGUUCGGAUCAAGCCAGCAGAUCUUCGACUCACCGCUGUAGGGAGGGAAAGGACCAUGGAUCUCAGUAAAAUUGCAGUCAGCAUCAACAAAGCCAUCAACACACAGGAGGUUGCUGUCAAAGAGAAGCAUGCCAGGACCUGCAUCUUGGGGACUCAUCAUGAGAAAGGUGCCCACACUUUCUGGGCAGCCGUCAACCGGCUCCCUCUCUCCAGCAAUGCGGUCCUUUGCUGGAAGUUCUGCCACGUCUUCCACAAACUGCUACGAGACGGACAUCCAAACGUGAUAAAGGACUCUAUGAGGAAUAAGGCUGACUUGACUGAUAUGAGCAGGAUGUGGGGUCACCUGAGUGAAGGCUACGGGAAGCUCUGCAGCAUCUACCUCAAACUGCUCAUCACCAAAAUGGAGUUUCACAUCAAAAACCCUCGGUUCCCUGGCAACCUGCAGAUGUCAAACAGACAACUUGAAGAGGCAGGAGAAAAUGACGUCAACAACUUCUUUCAGUUAACAGUGGAGAUGUUUGAUUACCUGGAGUGUGAACUCAACCUCUUCCUUGGUGUAUUUAGCUCAUUGGAUAUGUCUCGGUCAGUGUCAGUGACUGCUGCAGGCCAAUGUCGUCUGGCCCCGCUCAUCCAAGUCAUCUUGGAUAGCAGCCACUUGUACGACUACACAGUUAAACUGCUGUUCAAGCUGCACUCAUGCCUUCCAGCAGACACUCUCCAAGGCCACCGAGAUCGCUUCCAGGAACAGUUUAAGAAGUUGAAGAGUCUGUUUUAUCGCUCCAGCAACUUGCAGUACUUCAAGAGGUUGAUUCAGAUCCCACAGUUGCCUGAGAAUCCACCAAACUUCCUGCGUGCAUCUGCCCUGUCGGAGCACAUCAGCCCUGUGGUCGUGAUCCCCGCAGAGUCGUCUUCCCCAGAGUCAGAACACAUGGUGGAAACUGACGACCUGGUGGACACAGACCUCCCCGUCAUGCCGGUUCCAGUGGAGACAAAAUUUGAUGACCUGUUUGGAACCUCCGCUGCAAUUGAUCCCUUCAACUUCAACAAUCAGAAUGGGAUGCGCAAGGAUGAUAAAGACCGACUGAUUGAACAGAUGACAAGGGAGAUCCAGAUCCUUAAGGACGAAUUGGAAUCAUUCCGAUUAGAGAGUGGGCGAUUAUGUCAGGCCUUGAGGGGCCGCGUCAACGAGCUGGAGGCAGAGCUAGCAGAGCAGAGCCACCUGAGGCUACAGGCAGCAGGGGAGAGCGAGUUCCUGAAGGCUGAGCUUGACGACCUGAGGAGGGUUAGAGAGUACACAGAGAAAGAGCAGCGGAGUCUGACAGAGAUCGAGAAAAAGGCUCAGGCCAAUGAGCAGCGCUAUACCAAGCUAAAGGAAAAGUACAGCGAGCUUGUACAAGGCCAUGCUGAAUUACUGAGGAAGAAUGCCGAGGUAACCCGGCAGAUGACUGUGGCUCGAGCAGCUCAGGAUGAAGUGGAUGCAGUGAGGAAAGAGAUGCAGGACAAGGUGAAGGCUGCCCAAGAUUAUGCAGACAGACAGGAACGAGCGCAGCGGGAGCGUGUUGACAAGUUGCAGAGAGAGCUGGUGUCCAGCAGGGCCGAGCUGGAUUCCCUCAAGACCACCAUGGCCUCCUCACAACAGUCCAGUGAGGCACUUGGCACUCAACUAGCUGCCAUGGAAUCUGAGAAAGUAUCACUCGUCGAGUACUUGUCCAAAGUGGAGACCGAGCUGGCCGUUCAAGGAGAGGAGCUCGAGCAGGUCAAAAGCUCUUUGGCGAGUGAGCGGGAGAGUGGCGUGAAGACAGCAGAAGCCCUGCAAAACCAGCUCAAUGAUAAGGAGAGCAGGGAGCAAGCGUUAGAGAGCCAGCUGCUAGCGGCCCGCUGGUCCAGUCUGGAGGGAGCUGCGGAAGAGGCAGAGAAGAUCAUCCAAGACUCACUGGCCCUGAUCGAUGACCCAGCCCACAUCAGUUGCACCAGCUCAGCAGAUUACCUGGCAUCCAGAUGUCAAGCAUCCUUAGACUGUGUGGAGCAGUUCCAUCCUGCCAGAGACUCCUUUCUAGCUGAUGACAGAGGUGUGUCUCAGUUGCUUAAAGUGGUGACCCAAUGUGGCCACCUAGUGGGCGACACCAUUGUUCAGGGCAGUGCCACCUCCCACAUGGUGCCUGUGGAGCAGGCCGACGUUCUUUCAGAAAGUGUGAAGGCAUGUGGUGCUGAGGCUCUGCUUUUGCUGCGCCACAUGAAGAAGGAGGACAUAGCAACAGCAGACAACUGUAAGCUGAAAGAGGCUCUCCAGGCCAUACUGACUGCCGCAGAGAAACUGCGUCCUCGGGGUCUGGAGCUGCAGCAAGGAGAGCUGGGAGAUCUCGUGGAGCAGGAAAUGGCGGCCACUUCUGCAGCUGUAGAAUCAGCUGCUGCCAGGAUAGAGGAAAUGCUCAACAAGUCUCGAGCAGUUGACACAGGUGUCAAGAUGGAGGUCAACGAGAGGAUCUUAGCUUCGUGCACAGAUCUCAUGACGGCCAUCAAGGCACUUGUUCUGUCCUCCAAAGAUCUGCAAAGGGACAUUGUAGAGGGUGGGAGGGGCGCAGUAUCCACUAAGGAAUUCUAUGCCAAGAAUUCCCGCUGGACAGAGGGCCUGAUUUCUGCCUCUAAGGCGGUUGGAUGGGGCGCCACUGUCAUGGUGGAUGCAGCUGAUCUUGUGGUGCAGGGCAAAGGAAAAUUUGAGGAGUUGAUGGUGUGUUCUCGUGAAAUUGCAGCCAGCACAGCGCAACUUGUUGCUGCUUCAAAGGUUAAAGCAGACAAAGACAGUGCCAACUUGCGUCGCCUGCAACAGGCGUCUCGAGGUGUCACCCAGGCUACUGCCGCUGUUGUGGCCUCUACCAAGUCCGGGAAGUCCCAAAUUGAAGACAAAGAUACAAUGGACUUCUCCAGCAUGACGCUCACACAGAUCAAGCGACAAGAGAUGGAUGCGCAGGUUCUGGUGCUGGAGCUAGAGACACGUCUCCAGAAAGAGCGCGAGCGUCUCGGGGAGCUGAGGAAGAAACACUACGAGCUGGCGGGGGUAGCAGAAGGUUGGGGGGCCGACGAGGAGGGCUCAGGUUGACUGCACCCCGUCAUGGCCUCCGGCCGGAAGAAACUUGUAUUUAUACACUCUUCUCCAUCUCUGUCUCGCUAGAUUUUCCACUCUUGUUCGUUCGUUUGUUAAUCAAGCCAAAUGACACGGUGCUUGCUCUCUAAACCUGAUUCUUUACACCCAUGUCUGGGGUCUUCCACACGGACAGCGCCAAGGGCUCAGCCACGAGGAACAAGGCUUGGAUGGAAGGACAACUCGACUUCACAGCAUCACGUCUCCUCUUCAGUGUGUGUGUGUGUGUGUGUGUGUGGAGCAGUACACCGCUUAUUUAUUAUCUGUGCUCCUUGUUGCAAAUUUGUAGCAAACACACUCAACCAGAGGAGUUGCAUUCAAGACAAGACGAGCACAAGUUCCAAUUCUCGAAACAACAAGGGCGAGGUCUGAGCCCCCCAAAAUCACGUCAGCGGAACAAAGAGGACUAAAAGAAGCCUCUGGUAGUAGAGUGCUAACAAGCUGCAGGUGCGAGAGGUCAGUUUGACGUACAGUAGCUCACUACUUGUUAAGUAGACUGGACUGUCUGCCUUGCACCUUUGUAACAAGCCUGACUGUUAAAUCAUGCCUGAACCUCCAUCCCAUUUAGCUUCAAUAGAAACCAGCUCCAAACUGCCAAGAAGGCUAACAAUCCCUAUAGUAAACUGUAAGCAGCACACACACACGUGAUUAUUUGACAAUUAUAGUCAGUAACUGUAAUUAGGAGGAGUUUAUGUAGCUAAAAAAGCAACAACGCAUUGGGCUCUGCUGCCUUCUCAGUCCAAUAUUUCUACAGAUUUAUUCUGUAAUCAAAUGUUGUUUUUAUAAAGCUACCUCCUUUUGGAGCAAUAUUUUAUUUUAAUUUUUUUUUUAGAUUUGCCAAACUAGAGCUUCAACAGCACGCUUUGGUGGAUCAGGCGCACAAUUAGCCGACAUGUCCUGAAAUGUUGAAUCUGUUUUUAAGAUCGUAACAUCAUAACUGUGUUGUACGCCCCAUGAACCUGUCACUACCUGUUGCCCUGUAAAUAAAUUUUUGGAAGCACAGGUUGAUAAAAUCCAGAGUGCGUUUCCUGUGAGGAUGCCACACUGAAGCGUGUGUCCUUAGCUUUCGCAGGCCAUGUAGCGGUCAUGACUUUCACUGACUUUCAACGAAGGUCACAGACCUUCAGCAGCAACAGUAUCAAGAUGUCUCACUGAGUCGGCCUUCAUUCACUUAGAAUAAGGAAUACAAAGCGGUGCAGGCAGAAACCAACAGAUGUCACCUUUUUGUUCUACAACAGAGAGGCUCAUCAUGACCAUGUUGUCUGGGUGUGAUGGAUGAUCUGUGUGUGUCUUAAACCUAAUUUGGGCGCACAUAGUCGGAGGUGUUUCAUAGACGCUGAUCAAACAGUAUUUGCUGAUAAUUCUUAAACAUCUUCCUUGGAUCAGAUGAUGUAGUUUUUAGAAAAAGUUUGUGUUAAAUGAUAUGUAAGGCGAAUGAUCAGGCAAGUGUUACUGCAGUGCUGUUGUUCCUGUAUUUAAUACAUCAUCGCACAUACUUGUUGAGAAUAAUUCAAAUGGGGAAUGCUUUUAAAAGGGGAUACAUGGUGACAAUAAUUCAGAGGAGAGGAAACAAACCGCAUCUUGAGUGAUGAACGCUUGUAUUUUUGUCCAAAUAUUCUUUUAUUAACCUGUCUCUGGUCCACCGUUGUACCAGCUCAGCCAGCCUUUCAAACUGCCUCACACUGUAGUUAAACAAACUACUCACUCGCAUAGUGACAUUGACAUGUCUUUGUAUCGUGUACUAAACCUAUGUUGGUGGGUUUGUUUUUAUUUUUUCAGUUUUUAAAAAUAAAUAUUUCAAUUUGUUAAUAGUCA